CACAUUCACCGGAGUCCAACCUCCUUCCCUUCCUUUCUUUUCACCUCCGCACAAUCCUUUGGUUAGACGUCUUUUCUUCCGUUAGUACUCAUGGCGGAUCGUAGACCUGACGCAACCCAGGACGACUCGCGUGCGAAACGCCAGAAAACUGGUGCAUUAACAGAGAUGGAUCCAAAAGACAAUCCUUACCUCGCCCAUAUGUAUGACGGCUCUACAAAUGGCGACUACGCAAAUGGAUCCUCUUCAAAGCCCAGAGUCAAUGGCUUCUGGAAAGACACUACGUUGGCCAAGUUUCCCAGGCACGGUUCGACAGCAGCCAUGGCCAAAAAGGCAGAGGAUGGCCCCAGCAAUCCGUUCAAUGGUCAGCAACUAUCAGAGAGAUAUUUCAGCAUCUUAAAGGGUCGACGAGACCUUCCCGUGCAUGCUCAGAGAGAUGAAUUUCUGGAGUACUAUCAGAAGAGCCAAAUUCUCGUCUUCGUUGGUGAGACAGGUUCGGGAAAGACUACUCAGAUUCCUCAGUUUGUUCUCUUCGAUGAUCUUCCUCAUCUUCAAGGCAAGCAGGUUGCCUGUACGCAGCCUCGUCGUGUUGCUGCCAUGUCAGUUGCGCAGCGUGUGGCGCAGGAAAUGGACGUGACUUUGGGUGAGGAAGUCGGUUACAGCAUUCGUUUCGAGGACAACACCGGCCCCAAGACCAUUCUCAAGUACAUGACCGACGGUAUGCUUCUGCGAGAGGCCAUGAACGACCACAACUUGUCGCGCUACAGUACCAUUAUGCUUGACGAAGCUCACGAACGUACCUUGGCUACGGACAUUCUGAUGGGUCUGCUGAAGGAGGUGUCGCUUCGGAGACCCGACCUCAAGAUCAUCAUUAUGUCUGCAACUUUGGAUGCGCAGAAGUUCCAGCGGUACUUUAACGACGCACCGCUGCUUGCUGUUCCCGGUCGUACUCACCCUGUCGAGAUCUUUUAUACGCCCGAGCCUGAGCGAGACUACGUCGAGGCUGCUUUGCGGACGGUUCUUCAGAUUCACGCCUCGGAGCCUGAAGGAGACAUUUUGUUGUUUUUGACUGGUGAGGAGGAGAUUGAAGACGCCGUGCGGAAGAUCAGCCUUGAGGCUGAGGAGAUGAUUCGGGAAGCCGACAGUGGACCUUUGAAGGUGUAUCCUCUUUACGGUACCCUUCCGCCGGCGAUGCAGCAGCGCAUCUUUGAACCUGCACCCCCGGCACGGAAGCCUGGCGGUCGCGCUGGCCGAAAAUGCAUUGUCUCGACAAACAUUGCCGAAACGUCAUUGACCAUUGACGGUAUCGUCUACGUCGUUGACCCUGGCUUUAGCAAGCAAAAGGUCUACAACCCUCGUAUUCGUGUCGAGUCUUUGCUGGUCUCUCCCAUCUCCAAGGCUUCCGCCCAGCAGCGUGCUGGUCGUGCUGGUCGUACCCGUCCUGGAAAGUGCUUCCGAUUGUAUACCGAAGGCGCCUUCAAGAAAGAACUUAUCGAACAGACUCACCCCGAAGUUCUCCGAUCGAACCUUGCUUCGACAGUGUUGGAGUUGAAGAAGCUUGGUAUUGACGAUCUUGUACACUUUGACCUCAUGGAUCCUCCUGCCCCGGAGACACUUAUGCGCGCCUUGGAAGAACUCAAUUACCUCGCCUGCCUGGACGACGACGGCAAUCUCACGACUCUCGGCCGCCUUGCAUCCGAGUUCCCUCUUGACCCUGCUCUUGCCGUCAUGCUCAUCUCGUCUCCCGAAUUCUACUGCUCGAACGAAAUCCUUUCCCUCACCGCCCUCCUUUCUGUGCCUCAAAUCUUCGUCCGGCCCGCAAACAACCGUAAGCGUGCGGACGAGAUGAAGGCGCUCUUCGCACACCCCGACGGCGACCAGUUGACCCUGCUCAAUGCCUACCACGCCUUCAAGUCACCGCAGGCCCAGGAGAACCCUAAGCAGUGGUGCCACGACCACUUCCUUUCAUUGCGGGCCCUGCAAUCUGCCGACAAUGUCCGCAUGCAGCUCCGCCGCAUCAUGGAGCGCGAGGAGCUCGAGCUUAUUUCCACACCAUUUGAGGACAAGAAAUAUUAUGAGAAUAUCCGCCGUGCUCUGUGCGCUGGUUUCUUCAUGCAGGCCGCCAAGAAGGAAGGUACCGGCAAGACCUACAUGACCAUCAAGGAUGACCAGAGCGUGCUCUUGCACCCCAGCACCGUCCUCGGCCAGGAUAGCGAGUGGGUCUUGUACAAUGAAUUCGUCCUCACCACGAAGAAUUACAUUCGUACUGUGACCAGCGUCAAGGCCGAAUGGUUAUUGGACAUUGCACCCGCAUACUACGACAUUGGGGCCUUCAAAAAGGGAGAAAUCAAGACUUCCUUGAUGCGAGCCGCCGAGCGCCUCAAGCGGAAAGAGGCCAUGAAGAGCUCCCGAAGAUAAAAUUCUUGUCGUCUCUUUUCCCUGGUCUCGUCUCCCUGGUCUAUUAUGCGUUUCAUACUCUGCGAUCUAGCUCUUCUUUCCUUUUUUCCCCUCUCGUGUUGGACAAUUUCAUUGUUCGUUGAAAUUCUUUUGGUGCAAAACUCGGGCAUUUAUCGUUGAGGGUCUGCCUUCUAUUCUCACUUGAUCCUUUUCCUUUUUUUUCCCUUUAUUUUUGCCACCUCUUUAUAUCUCUUUCUCUUGUGUUUCUUUAAGGCGUUAAUAGAAUAUAGAAUCCAGGUUUGGCGUUCGUCAAUCCAUAAAAGACGCAUCGUCACUACUUUACCCUUUUACUACACUGCUAGCUUUGCAUUUCAUACAACAGAUCC